AUUUGUGGAAAUAAACUUCUCAAACAUUCUUAACCGUCGAUCAAUCAUCAGCCCCUUAUAGAGCUACAAAAUGGCCAAGACGACACCGUCGCACCCGACGCUUCUCUUCCUCACCCUUCUCCGCCUGACCACAGCACAGCCCUCCCAAUCCUUCUCCUACUCUCUGUACCCAACCCUCUUCUCCCUCGCCCACUCGCUCAUGACGCGGGUGGCCAACCUCCGCGAGGCACGCGGCGACGUUUCGGGAUCGCAGCGGGCCAGGGCCGUCUCGUCGAAGCUGGAGCGGGGGCUCGGGAUGGGUGUGUGGGGGUUCAUGUGGUCCGCCGGCUGGGACGAUCUCAGGAACUACGCGCGGAGGGACUUUCCCUAUUCGGAGGUAGACGGCGCCGUUGCGGACGCCAACGAGUUGCUGAGGUGGCUGGGUGACUUGACACAGAGGCAAUCGGAUUCCGAUCGAGCCGUUUGGGUCGCGCAGAAUUACCAAACUAUCCUCAAGGUUUCCAAUUCGCUGCUCCGUCGGCUCCUCAAAGUGCUCUACCACUCGGAAACGUUGAGAGAAAUGGUGAAGGCAGUGCAGAGAGAGGUGGUGGAAGGUGAGCUAUUGGGGGAUUGUCUUGUAUUGGGCUCCAAUGAUUUGAACGGUGUGAUUCAAAUCCUCAAGGAUUUGGGAUCGCAAUACGGUUCCACUACCCCACCAAGAACUUUGACACUUUUAAGAGCUAUAUCUUUGUUUGUAGCUUGUAAUUAGUAUUUUCUUUUAAGUAGGGAGCCUUGUUAGCUUGAAGUUACAAUUUUUCGUUAUGUUUGUAUUUUGAAUCUUUGAUUGAGAGAAUAGGAAUGGUUUUAGUAAUUUGAAACACUUAGGAAAUAAUUGUCACAUUUUUAAUGUCCUUUAGUCCCAAUAAUUAUGGCCCCUCAACUUUAGAGGACAA